AUGAAGCCCGUCGUCUCCGCCCUCAACGCAUGGACAUGCAUCGUCGUGUCCGUCUUCGCCAUUGUCAUCCUCUCGGUCAUCGGAUCGCUGUUUAAGUCUAACAACCACAUCAUGAUGGGCUCGACCGAAGACCCGGAAGACGGCAAGGCUGUCGCAGGAGCCGUGUUCGGAGCUGUCGCCGUCUACGGUGUCUUCCUGAUAUUCUGCUCCGGGCAAGCAUUCCUGCACAUGCGUGAGAGCAGGCGCGGUGCCAUUGCGCUCUCGUAG